AUGGAUCCCAGAUCUCAUCCUUCACGGCCCCCAUCCACCAGCCUACCCCAGGGCUCCACGCCUCUGUCCUCGACACCCAUCUCGAGCAUGCCCAUGCCUCAGUACACCAUGCAGCCUCAGUAUCCUGUGUCCCAGCCGCAUACCCUUCCCCCGCUACAGCCUCACCACAGCCAAUCUCCUGCCCCUCACUCUUACAUGGGCCAGCCGUACCGGCCGGAUCUGUCGAGGUAUCCCGCUUCCACUCACGAUGUUUACGCGUCGUCCGCCGCGCCUAUCAUGCCUCACACCACCGUGGGUAGCCUGCCUCCGUCAUCGUUCCUCUCCCAUCCCAACCCGCAGGCUCAACCCCAGCCGUCGCAACCCUACCCUCCUCCUCAUAGCGUGCUGCCUCCCGCGUCCAGCGCUCAGAGUUAUCCGCAGCCAAUUGCGCCGGCGCCUCCCCGGGACCGUCGCUCGGAUUACUCCGGUCUUCCAUCCGGUGCUUUCAGCUACAAUGAUGGCAAGGGAUCGCCUUGGAUGAACCCCGAUCCAGUUGCGGGUGCAAACGGUGCUGCGCCGUACGCUGCGAAGGAGCCGCCGAGGACUCAGGUUGUUGGGUCUCAGGGCCGUCGCGGAAUUCUCCCGAGCGUUCCGGGACGCGCGACUCCCGUCACAAACGGUGUCAAUGGUACCGCCAAGAACACAACCAUCCCGGCCAAGGACGCCGAUGGAAAGUUCCCUUGUCCGCACUGCAACAAGACAUAUCUUCAUGCUAAGCACUUGAAGCGUCAUUUGCUCAGACACACUGGUGAUCGUCCGUACAUGUGUGUUCUUUGCAAAGAUACCUUCUCUCGGAGUGAUAUCCUGAAGCGCCACUUUCAGAAGUGCUCAUUGCGACGUGGUAACCCCACUGGGGCGACCCACUUGUCGCAUCCCCAGGCGCAUCUGAAGAGGUCUCAAGCUGCGGCGAACCCUGUCAAGCCAGUUCAGGAUGAAGUCCCUACUACCGUCCCGCAUCCCAACGGUAUGCCAGGUGCGACAUAUGGUGAGGCGCCCGUGAAUGGCAACGGGAUGGCUCCCGGCCGUCCAGGAUACGCGGAUCAGCAGCCUCUGGGUUUCUCGAUGUCGUCUGUCAAUGGCAUGAACCGUGGUCAGCCCGACGACGGUUUCCCCCCUGGCCAGCCCCAUCAGCGAGGACCCUGGCUUGCUGCUCCCAAGCAGAACCCGUACCUUGUGCAGCCUGGCACUGAUGCAUCCGGCCAGCAGCUGAAUGUUGAGCGUCCUCCUAUUGAGCAGGUAAAGCCCCCGGUUGUUCAAGACCCUAAACGUCCUGUCAUGACUGGACCUCCCAAUCACGCUGGCGAAAUUGACUGGACCUCGAUGUUUCAGCCCGGAGCGUCCGACGGUUAUAUCAAUCCCGUCUUCCCCCAGACCAUGGCGUCCGGCCAGGAGCCCAUCCACGCUCACGUCGAUACCGAACGCAAAUUUUACCCCACCACCACCGCUGGUCCUCAGGAGGGUGGAAUGAACGGUCUCUACCUGGCUUCGACCACCUUGAGCGGUGACGGUACCGUUCAGCCUGCUAGGCAAUAG